CAGCCCGCCAUUCCCUGUCGGAGCCAGCCUCGCUGACUCCCGUCGGUCGCUCCUUGCAGCGAGCAGAGCGCCCGUAAAUCCAAGUUCCCCAUUCCCACGGCCCGCCGGGAUGCCAGCGGGUCCAUCCCUGGCUGGAGCCGUGCCAGAAGUUUCUCCUCUCGCUGCCUGUGGGCUGCUCGCUCCCGCUCUGGCUCUUCCCAUUUUUCCUUUCCCCCCCCUCUCUCUGAGGUUUUUCUGUGCCUUUGGGUGAGCUCAACUCCGAGGUUCGCAGCUUCCCUGCGCGCUGCUGCUCCACGGGAGGAGCCGCGUUCCUGCCUCCUUUUCCUGGGAAACUUCAGCAUGCGGCUGGAAGAACUCAGGAGGCUCCAGCACACCCUGGAACAGGUCAAUGAUGGCAAAGACUCACUGCAAAGCCAUCAGCUCACCAUGGACGAAGAAAAUAAUAUCCAGGAAUAUCCUAUCAACUUGCAGCCCUUGGAAUCCAAAGUGAAAAUCAUCCAGCGAGCAUGGCGUGAGCACCUGCAGCGCCAGGACCUGUCCCCAUCCCCGGAGCCCCGGGACAAGGACAGCCCGUCCCCGACGUCCCCGACGUCCCCAAGGUCCCCGAUGUCCCCAGCGUCGCCGGGCUCGGGCAAGAUGAGCAGGUCUGUCAGCAUGAACACCUUCUCCGACAGCAGCACCCCCGUGAGUCCCGCUGGAGUUCCUCCUUUUGCCUUCGCUGCCCUCCUUUCUGGGGUGUGGGAUCAGUGAAAGCUCACCGAGGUUUGGUAAUGGGUUAAAAAGGGGUUUUUAGGUGUCGCAAAUGACCUCCAGGCAAGGAUUCCUCUUGUAGGCUCAUCAGGAUGUGUGACUCUGGGUAUCAGACCUGGAAUUCAGCAGAUUUUGAGGUGUUCUUGCUGGUGAAAAGGUCCUUCCAAGUGGUCCUGUGUCCUGUGUGUUUAGGAUAUUGUGUUCCCAAAAAAACUCAAAUUGUGGUGCUUUUCAUGCAAAGAAAUGUGGUUUCUUGGUUGAUUUUUGGUUUUGUUUUGUUGGUUGAUUUUUGUCAAAAAAGAGACUAAAAGAGACUAAAAGGGACUUUGAGAAGUGGAUU